AUGUAUAAGAUGGAUUACUCCUACCUGAACUCCUAUGACUCCUGCAUGGCGGCCAUGGAAGCGUCGGCCUACGCGGACUUCAGCUCCUGCAGCCAGGCCAGCUCCUUCCAGUACAACCCGAUCCGGAGCGGACCUUUCUCCAACCCGGGCUGCACUCCGCUCAGCACGGCCAGCUGCACCCUGGGAGCCCUGCGGGAGCACCAGCCCACUCCCUACUCCUCAGUCCCUUACAAGUUCUUCUCGGACCCCUCCGGCCUGAACGAGAAGAGGAAGCAGAGGCGCAUCAGGACCACCUUCACCAGCUCCCAGCUGAAGGAGCUGGAGCGAGUGUUCGCAGAGACGCACUACCCGGACAUCUACACCCGUGAGGAGCUGGCGCUGAAGAUAGACCUGACCGAGGCCCGGGUCCAGGUGUGGUUUCAGAACAGGCGUGCCAAAUUUCGCAAGCAGGAGCGUGCAGCCAAUGCCAAAGCCAACAACUCUGGUGGCACCACAGGCAGCAACAGCAACAGCAGCUCUGGGGGGAAGAAGGGCGGAGAGCCGAGGUCUUCAUCAGAUGACGAUGAGUCAAAGGAGUCCACCUGCAGCCCCACACCUGACAGCACGGCCUCCCUGCCGGGCUCAGCCAACGGAAACCUGGGCAGCCCUGCCAGCCUGAGCCCCAGUCCAGCUCCGGCCAACAGCGGCUACGUCAACACCUCCAGCUCUCCGGUUCUCCAAGGGCUGAAGCCUCCCAGCUGGUCCAGCCUGGGCCCGUCCAACCCGGCCGUGGCUCAGCCUGCUGCCCAGACUCAGGAGAUUCUGAAGGCCUGGCAGCCGGCGGACAGUAUGACCGGACCCUUUGCCGGAGUCCUGUCCUCCUUCCACAGAAAACCCAAUCCCACCAUCAAGACAAAUCUGUUCUGAAGCACAGAGAAAGAGCAAACCAGACACAAACUGGAACAGAGAGGAGUUUCUAGCUUUUGUGGAGAGUCAAGGCUUUCCCAUUAUAAUGCUGAAUUCACUGGUGUAGUCUGCUGUAGUUCAGCGAGGCCCCUCGGUUCUUCCCUGAAAAACUGUCCUGUCAAACUGUUUCCAAGCUCAGAUAAUAAAAUAACAGGUCUGGUCACUGUUUCUCACCCUAAAAUAUUAUGCAACACUUUACCUGCAAAACCCUUCCUGGACAUGGACAGCGAUGAUUUCACUCUCACCCUCUAAGCAGAGUCGUUCACACAGUUUGACCACAAAACCCUCUUUCUCAGAUAAAACUAAAACUCUUAAUGAAAGAUGUUGAACUAUACAGCGUCAAAAGGAUGUUUUGUGUACAGCUGGAUCAGACAUGCAUACACACAUUCAUGCUCUCUUUCCCGUCUCACAUUCCCACACUCACUGCAUUGCAACAAACCCCUUUGUGCAUGGCAGCAGCUCUGAUGAGCAUGGCGGUCAGGUACGAGCUUAAAUCAGAAAUCUAAACAUCACGCUCCAGUCUCUGCUGGGGAAACAAAACAAGCAAACUUUUGCCCCUCAAGCACAACUUCCUCUAAGCCCCCCCGAC